AUGCACAAGCUGGAACUUCGGUCUAGCAACCGAAUACAAUUAUGUAUCCUUAAAAUUGCUGUAUAUGAAGAAGACCAAGAUUGCCCACGCGGCUCUCGGCGGCAGGGCCCGCCCCCGGAGCGCGAACACCGCCCGCCACCCUCCACCCGCACGGAACUCCGUCACGGCGGCGGCCGGGCCCGCCCCGGCGGUGAGGAGGCGCUGACGCCAUCACUGCGCGCCGCGGGCCCCUGGCUGCAUGGCCGUGCCGCGGGAGCCGCUGCCGCCCGCCGCCGCCGCCGCCCCGUCCUUCGGCGCUACUCCGAGAGCCUGCAGGGUGUGCCGGUGGCUUACGACAACAUCAAAGUGGUGGGGGAGCUCGGCGACAUCUACGACGACCAGGGAUUCAUCCACCUGAACAUCGAGGCGGACUUCAUCAUCUUCAGCCCCAAGAAAGGGAAGAAGCUGGUGGGUGUAAUUAAUAAAGUGGCCCCUAGUCAUAUUGGCUGCCUGAUACAUGGAUGCUUCAAUGCAUCUAUCCCUAAGCCUGAACAAAUGUCCAUUGUACAGUGGCAAGAGCUGGGGUUAAAAAUAGGGGAUGAGCUGAAAUUUCAAGUGUUGCACUUGGAUUCCGAUGCAGCUGGGGUGUUCUUCAUUCGAGGAGGACUCACUAAAAGCAGGAUGCUCUGGAUCAUUUCAGUGAAUUUACAAUUCAGCAUGCGGCCCAAAAAAUCCAACACAGUCACUGAAAGUACAAACGGGGACGAAAUUCAAAAGUUUGACCACCAGGAAAAUGGCUUGAAUAACUGUGGGGAAGAUAAUGUCAAUGAAGAGCCUUUAAAUGAGGCAGGUAACCCUGGAAGGGAAAAUGAAGAAGAGCAAAGUGUUGUUGUUGUGAAUGGAUCAUGUGAUGAUAAAAAGAAGAAGAAGAAAAAGAAAAAGGACAAGCAAGGAGAACAGGAACUUGUAUUGCCUACCAGUGAUUCCAGCGGUUACCAAAGUGACCAUAAAAAAUCAAAGAAAAAGAAAAGAAAGCAUUGUGAUGAAAUUGAAGAAAGUGAAUUAUCUCAGCUAUCAGAAAAACCCAAAGCAAAAAGGAAAAGGGACUAAAGUCUGAAAUGCCUUUCCUGCAUUAGAUUUCAGACAUUUUUGAUAAGUUUCAAUAAAACCCUGUUUCCAAAAUG